AGCUGACGCGGCAACACGGAACUAGUGUGUUACUGCAGGUCCCCGAAAAGUUAACUUUGAUUAAUUUGACAAGACAAUCUAUUGUUAAUAUUUCUCUCAUAUAUUUUGGAGAUAUAUAUUUUCAACUAUGGCGCUUAGCAAUGCAGACGUUCAGAAACAGAUCAAACACAUGAUGGCGUUUAUUGAGCAGGAGGCCAAUGAGAAGGCUGAGGAAAUUGAUGCCAAGGCAGAAGAAGAGUUUAAUAUCGAAAAAGGACGAUUGGUACAGACUCAGAGGUUGAAAAUCAUGGAAUAUUUUGAGAAGAAAGAGAAACAGAUUGAACAACAGAAGAAAAUUCAGAUGUCUAAUUUGCUGAACCAGGCCAGACUGAAGGUGCUUAAAGCCCGUGAUGACAUGAUUAAGGAUCUUCUAAAUGAAGCACAACAGAGGUUGGCCAGCAUUGCCAAAGACCCGACCCAGUACCCAAAACUGCUGGAGGGGCUGGUGUUACAGGGGUUUUAUCAGUUGCUGGAGCCCAAGGUUACAAUCCGGUGCAGAAAGGCAGAUGUAACACUGGUGCAAGCUGCCAUUAAAAAGAACAUCCCCAUCUACAAAGGGGCCGUCAAGAGUAACAUCGAAGUGCGCAUUGACCAAAACAACUUCCUAUCGCCCAACAUUUCUGGAGGUGUUGAGAUGUAUAACGAUGACGGCAAGAUCAAGGUGUCCAACACGUUGGAAAGCAGACUAGAUCUUAUAGCUCAACAGAUGAUGCCUGAGAUCAGAGUGAACCUGUAUGGCGCUAACCCAAACCGCAAGUUUAUGGAUUAAUAGACUGCUGUUACAAAGAUGUAUUGGUACAUAAGAGAUCAUCACUGUUCAGAAAACCUCUGAAGUGAUACAUGUGUGGAAGUACUGGAAAUUGCAGUGGUCAAGGUCUAACAAAUCAAUUUAUUUUGUCUCUUUUUUCCUAAGGGUUUUUGUGUUUUUGCCAAAGAAAGUCAUUCAGGAGUGUUUUUAUUUUGAGUGUUGAAGAUCGUGUCACUUUAGGGAACGUGAGGGAUUACAUGCAGGAAAAAAAUCUUAAUCCAGCCUAAAAUUGUUAGCUGGUCUCGUAUGUUUGCCAAGCUUUUAAAGCUGGUUUUAGAGGUGCUUUGAGCACUUGUCAAGCUGGGAGACCAGCCUACUGGACUGACCAGCCUAACAACUACUAGGAAUGCUAGUGAAACUGGAUUAGACCAGAAAACCACCAUAGGCUGGUUCAAGAUGUUGUCUUUCAACAUGGAGAUUUUCUUGGAAACAUUAUCCUGACAUUUGAUCUCCAUCUGUUCAAAAACCAACAAGCACUCAGGAAUUUACAUUGUCUUAUGGUGCCUUCUAAUUGUUGUGUACUAAGCUAGCAGCCUAACUGGUUUCAAGAAAAACCUCAUUCAGUUUAUCUUAAAUAGAUGAAUUUGUGCUUAUUUCUGUUAUACACUUUUUCCAGUCGCAUUUGUUUCUUGCUUGUGUUGCAUUAUACUACAGAAAAAUAAAUCAAAAAUGUUUUAUUUA